AUGAGAGCUGUUUUGCUUGGCGUCUUCCAUCUGCUCUCUGUCGCUUUAGCCGCGCCUGGGUUCGAACGACAUUCAGCUUUCAAAGCCUUGCACCCCGACAGCUUCUCUGAAUCAGCGAACUUGACGGCAAGACCGUUCGACAAGAACUACCAUCUGGCAAAGGAGGCGAGUGGUCAUGACUGCUAUGCGUCGAUCUACUAUGGGGUCAAGUCCGGAUGCUCUGUCGAGUCGGAUAUGAGCCCGCACGAGCGCAUGCUAGCUUCUGUUCAGCUCACACUGUGCGAUCUGCAGGCGUCGAGCCAGAGCGUACCGUGGGAGUGUCAGUCGCCGGACCACGACAUGCAGGCCAUUGGUCUCGCCAGCUGCGUCGAGGUACCUGCGCGAGAUCCCGCAGAUGUGUUUCGCGCUGCAGCGGUGGAAAGACAUAGGACUGCGGUUGAGGAGAAUGUUGAGCUCAGCAGGCUGUGGCAACAGCACGCACACGACAGUGCAGAGGCCGUCAAGGAGGAAAGCCUCGCUAGGCACGACUGGAUGCGACAGGCGUCACAGCUUCAGGACCAGGUCAGAGAGGUUCUGCUGGUGAGUCGUCGUGGCGACAAGGCCCUUCAUGUGCACUCUGCAAGGCUGACGCAGAUAAUGCGAUGUAUCGCCAAGCAGAACGUGCUCUCCGACAUGACGAACAACCAGGAGAAGUACAGCAAUGAAGCGAAACAGGUGCUCCAGCUGAUGCGCCAGGCGGAAACUGGCCUAGAGGAGACUGCGAGAUCACUGCUCCGUUCUCACACCGAAGCUCAUUUGCAGCACCUCGAGGGGCUGCAACAGUCGCUCGAAGAAGCGAUGAGUCGGUAUGAGCUUCGCUUUGAAGCCACAGCUGAGCGCAUCUCCAGCGAUGCGUCUCGCUCGAUAGAGACGCGCCUAGCAAGUCCUCUCGGUACGAUGCAGGAUCUCGUUGGUGUGCUAGACGUGCAGACGACCUCCCUCGGCCACUCGGUGCAAGAAGAGCGCGAUCUCCUUUCGGCACUAGGCGAACUCCAUCGGCAGAUCGAGAUGCAGCAUCAAGCGCAUGACGCUCAGCUGGGUGCCGGUAUCGCCGCGCUGCAAAGUGUCCAAUCCGACCUGCACAGGCUCGGGACUGCCAUGAAUGCGACGCACGAUAGCGUCGCGGCGAUGCUCGUCUCGCAAACGCCGGGGACGAGAUGGUUCAGCGUGGCGUUUGCACUGGAAAGAAUCGUGCUCUGGGCAUUUCGUGCCGUCGAGGGAACUGUUGGGCUUGACACCGAGAGUUGGGCCGGACAGUGGUGUAGGUGGUUGCUGCUCGUAUGGCCGCUCUCGCUCAAAGUCCGGGCGUGGAUGCAAGCGUGUGCGCCCGUAUGCAAGGUGCUUGUAUCCGGGCUGGUGUGCAUCUCGAUGCUGAUCAAGGCGGCCGUAAGGCCUUACUCAUUUGCAACGGUAAGCAUGCUAUUGGGAAUCUUUGCACUAGCGCACAACAAUGCUCACUUCGUCCUCUUGCAGGCUCACCUCGGCACAUCGAGACAUGCAACCAAAGUAAAGGAUGCGCAUAUGGACGACAAGCACAGUGUGCGCGUGGCUGUUGGCCGCCCGUCGAAGGGCGGUAGACGUGACCGCACGUUGCGCCCCUCGCGCAUCCACUGUCCCUCGGCGCAAUGA